AUGACGCAAAUUCUGCCCACACCUUUUGAUGCCAUACAACCCCAGAUCUUCACACUAUCUGGGUCUUUCACGGUCGGUGUAAUGCAAGUAGGAUACUGUGAUGAAUCGGAAAUCAUGAUGAAAUGUGACCACAAUAAAAUCCCCAGAGAGAAGCCAUGUAAAAAUUUGGAGUAUGGAGAAAGCUGCAGUCAGAGCCCCCAUUCCACUUCCCAUGAACAAAAUUUGCUUGGAAAGAAACUCUAUGAGUUCAUGGAAUGUGGAAAGAGCUUCAGGAAGAAGUUCAAUCUCACUUCCCAUCAGAGAAUUCAUAGAGGGGAGAAUCCCUAUCAGUGUGUGGAAUGUUUAAAGAGCUUCACUGAUAGCUCCUCUCUCACUUCCCAUCAAAGAAUUCACACAGAGGAGAAACCCUAUCAGUGCGUGGAAUCUGGAAAGAGCUUCAGUCAAAGCGCCAAUCUCACUUCCCAUCAAAGAAUUCAUACAGGGGAGAAACCUUGUCAGUGUAUGGAAUGUGGAAAGAGCUUCAGGAAGAAGGACAAACUUACUUCCCAUCAAAGAAUUCACACAGGGGAGAAACCCUAUCUGUGUGUGGAAUGUGGAAAGAGCUUCAUUGAUAGCUCCUCUCUCACUUCCCAUCAAAGAAUUCAUACAGGGGAGAAACCCUAUCAGUGCUUCGAAUGUGGAAAGAGCUUUAGGAGGGGCUGCGAUCUCACUUCCCAUCAAAGAAUUCAUACAGGGGAGAAACCCUAUCAGUGUGUGGAAUGUGGAAAGAGCUUCAGGAAGAAGGACAAUCUUACUUCCCAUCAAAGAAUUCACACAGGGGAGAAACCCUAUCAGUGUGUGGAAUGUGGAAAGAGCUUUAGUCACAGCCAAAGUCUCACUUCCCAUCAAACAAUUCAUACAGGGGAGAAACCCUAUCAGUGCUUCGGAUGUGGAAAGAGCUUUAGGAGGGGCUGCGAUCUCACUUCCCAUCAAAGAAUUCAUACAGGGGAGAAACCCUAUCAGUGUGUGGAAUGUGGAAAGAGCUUCAGGAAGAAGGACAAUCUUACUUCCCAUCAAAGAAUUCACACAGGGGAGAAACCCUAUCAGUGCGUGGAAUGUGGAAAGAGCUUUAGUCACAGCCACAGUCUCACUUUCCAUCAAAGAAUUCAUACAGGGGAGAAACCAUAUCAGUGUGUGGAAUGUGGAAAGAGCUUCACUGUUGCCUCCUCUCUCACUUCCCAUCAAAGAAUUCAUACAGGGGAGAAACCAUAUCAGUGUGUGGAAUGUGGAAAGAGCUUCAGGAAGAAGGACAGUCUUACUUCCCAUCAAAGAAUUCAUACAGGGGAGAAACCCUAUCAGUGCGUGGAAUGUGGAAAGAGCUUCACAGAGAGGUCCUAUCUCACUUACCAUCAAAGAAUUCACACAGGGGAGAAACCCUAUCAGUGUGUGGAAUGUGGAAAGAGCUUUAGGGCGAGGAGCGAACUCACUUCCCAUCAAAGAAUUCACACAGGGGAGAAACCCUAUCAGUGUGUGGAAUGUGGAAAGAGCUUUAGGGCGAGGAGCGGACUCACUUCCCAUCAAAGAAUCCAUACAAAGGUUGGAAAAACCAUUAUACAGCUUUAGGAACCAGGCAAAUCAGCCUCUUUUUAACCAGACAUUUGGCUGAUUGACAUCUAAUGCCCCUUUAAAAUGU